UGACAAUCUCUUAAAAAGUUGAGCUAUAUAUUUGCAUCAUCUGUUAAAGAUCAUCAUCAUGAGCACCGUCACAUCUAGCUUGACUGAACAGCAGAAGAAGAAGCUCUUCACUUUAUUCAACCAUGCCAAAUCCAGCCUGCUUUUCAAAGCCAGCGUGCAUGGCUUUGAUGCUGCUAGUUUUCACCAAAAGUGUGAUAAGCAGGGUCCAACUGUUGUUGUUGCUUACAAUAAGUCUGGUUAUGUUUUUGGAGCUUUCACCAGCAAAGAUUAUGGCCAAACUAAUCAAAACAUUGUGGAUGACAAAGCCUUUCUUUUUAGUUUUAAUGACAAUGAGCUUAAAGAAGAUCCUCUGCGUGUGGUCAGCGCAGAUCCACAGUUUGCUUUCACUGACAAUGGUCCCAACUUCGGCUCUUUAAUUUUUCUUCACAAUAACACUGCCACAGUCAACAGUAAUCCAGGAACCUACCAGUUUGAUCCCCAGCGAAUGCAUGGCAAUGAUUUAAACCUGACAGAAUGUGAGGUGUAUAGAGUGGAAGAUUGUGGAGGACGUAUGGAAAAACCUUGGAGGGAUGUUCAGUGGUACUCUGAGAGAAGGAAGGCACUCUUGAGCACCAUCCCUAAUUGGAAGCCUUCUGUGAGCUCAGUUAAACAGGCUCGUAUUCUGCUGGUGGGUCCUGUUGGUGCUGGAAAAUCAAGCUUCUUCAACUCCAUCAACUCUGUAUUCAAGGGUUAUGUGAGCAUGCAGGCCAACACAGGCACUGCUGGAACCAGUUUGACUACUCAGUUUCGUACCUACUGCAUAAAGCCAAGCUACCUUGUCCGCCAUGUUCCCUUCACUUUGUGUGACACCAUGGGUUUGGAGGAGGGUGUGAACACUGGUCUGCAUGUAGACGAUAUUGCCAGUAUUCUGAAUGGUCACAUUCAAGACCGCUAUCAGUUUAACCCAGCGAUGCCUAUACAGCCAGACUCUCCUUAUUUCCAUAAAGCUCCUGGCUUGAAGGACAAGAUUCACUGUGUGGUGUAUGUGAUCGACACCUGCAAAUUUAAGCUCAUUGCUGAUGUGAUCAUUGAUAAAUUUGCAAUUUUUCGGAGGAAAGCCAACCAGCUGGGAAUUCCUCAGUUGGUUCUGUUGACUAAGGUGGAUGAAGCCUGCCCCUUAGUGGCAGAAGACCUGAAAAAUAUCUACCAGAGUCACUACAUACAGAGAAUCAUGCAGGAGGUUAGCACUCGGCUUGGAGUUUCUCUGUCUGCUGUGGUCCCAGUGAAAAACUACUAUCAAGAACUGGAAGUAGACCCUCAAACUGACAUACUGCUCCUGAGUGCUCUUAUUCAGAUGCUCAGAGCUGCUGAAGGAUAUUUUGAUAAUUUCAACAGUGUGGAGGAAAGGUCUGUUUAGAGCUCAGUCUCUCUUUUUUAUUGUGUGACCUGAAGCUUUUACAAGUGUUGAUUCAUCUAUACCAGGGGUGUCCAAACUCUACCCUGGAGGGCCAGUGUCCUGCAGAUUUUAGCUCCAACUCGCCUCAACACAGCUGCAAGAAUUCCAGGUGUGUCUGAUUGGGGUUGGAACUAAACUUUGUAGGACACCGGUCACCGGCCCUCCAUGACCGAUGCUGCGUCCCAAUUCCCAUGCUUAUACUACGGUCUAAAAGUAUGUUCUUUUUUGUGAAGGAAAAUACAUACUUUUGAGUGUGCAACAGAAGAGUAUGCAAGCUUUAGCACAUACUGUACUACUUCCUCAUUAACAGACCGUUGUGUUGCUUAAUUAUGAGCCUUGUCAAUCAUCCACACAUUAUCUACAUUUUUGUCAUAUUUAAUUUCCUACCUUACUGGAGAAGCAGCAGCAGGUUAAACUAUGCAGUCUUUCUUGCAGAGAAAUCUCCUCAGGUCUUUGAAUAAUUAUGCAUACAGACUUUAAUGUGCAAACACGUCUUUAUAUAAGUUCAGCAUUGUUGUUGCAGAUAAAAUAUAACACUGAAAACACUAUUUAAAUAUUUUCCAGUUUGCUAGAUAUUAAUUAACAGUCAUACAAACAUCUCUACCGAAGCCUCUAUACUUGACGGCGUGUUUUUUAUUUAGACUUUUCACCCAUGUUUGUAGUUCUAAUCAAAUUCACGUCCAACACGCAAUGUACCGUGGGCAAUAUCAGGUUAGAGCAAUGGUUCUCAAAGUGGGGGUCGGGACCCCCCGAGGGGUCGCGGGACAAUGAAGGGGGGUCACCUGGUGAUUUCGAAAUAUUUAUUUAUUUUUAUUAAACCAUAAGAAUUACCAUAUUUUAUCCAUAACCUACUGAAGAGAAAAAAUAUUCGUUUAUACCAUGUAGUUACUAUAGUAACUUAUAGUUACUACUUCUAUUGGAUUGCAACCCCUGGGGUAAUUACAUUAUAUUAAAGACACAGCAAUAGUGUCAGAUGCAGUAGAUUUCAUAACACCUGGUAAAACUUUGUUCCCCUUUUUACAGCUCUCACACAUUAAAAAAAUAAAUAAAAGAAGAAUAGACUUGGGUCCAUUGGUGUGUGUGCUCCAUUGCAUGCAAGGUUUCUGUAUUUAUAACCACCUCAGAAUAUAUUGGGGGUCGCGACUUACUGGCAUUGUCCUUUUGGGGGUCGCGGCCUGAAAAGUUUGGGAACCCCUGGGUUAGAGUAUGGAAUCUUCUUAAAAAAUUUAGUAAAUAGUAAACCAUCUGGGAACCUUUAACAUACUCUUUUCACACUACAAUUUGGGAUAUACUAAUUCUAUUUUCAAAUACUAUUUAGGACAAAUAGUAUGCAAAUUGGGACACAGCAUGUGUUUGGGCAUCCCUGGCCUAUACAAAAAUGAUCAUUUAUAAUCACAGAGGGAAAAGAAACAUGUCAUACCUUAAAAGUUAAUACCAUCUAUUUGGUUCAAAAUAUACACCAGUAUUUAGCCAAUUUUUUCUAACUAUUUGUGGCCUAAAACUGUCUGUGAAAUCAGUCCAUAAUAUAAUGGAUGAAUCAUGACAAGCUGAGAUGCAUAAGCAAGAUCACUCAGGAUUAUGGUUACCUAUGGGGUUUAUAUUAAAAGGUUAAUUAUUUCAGGUUUCUUCUGUUUCAUUGCUGAUGACAAAUAAUAAAUAAAAAAUAAGUGAAUUUUCAAGAUUUAGAAAUAAAGACUCAAAGGAAA